AUGUCCCUUGUUCCACUUAACCAGCUUGAUGAACUGAUUCAGUUGUCCGAUGAGAUCCGUCAGGCUCGACGACGACGUAUCCAGCAAAUUAAUAACGAGCGUGAAUCUCGACCUGCUCGUUCGGCUUCGCUGGUGGAUAGAAGAUCUCCGCGUCCUCGAUGGACUGGUGAACGAAGAGUUAAGGAGCGAGAGUGGAUUAUUGAUAGCCGUCGAUGA